CGACUUCGGUUAUCUGAGUCUAGAUGAGGCCGGAAUCAGUUCCGGCCACAGAGUAUAUCACCAGAUUGGUGGCGGUUAUGUUACGUCCGGAAUCUUCCCCUCACCUCUUUCAAAAAAAAAAAUCCACUGUAACCUCAGCAAAGAUUAUCAACUGUUGUCUCGAAUCAUCACACUGGGCUAUCCAAAGCGCUUCAACCCCUAACUCCUCAACAUGCUUAUCCCAAACACAUCUUUCGAAGUCCUCGAAGACACGAGACCACAUGAAUUGUCGUUGCCAGCGUUCAUGGUCUCAACCACACGAGGCUUCUUGCCCCGCGCGGAUCCUGUCGUCGCACUUCCUCCCAAGUUCGAUGCCGUAGAGGAGUUACUGCGAAGGAUGCCCGUUUCGACCCAGUCGGGGCAUCCUGGACUCCUAGCUGCAGGUCAGCUGGGUGACGCGGUACAGGAACUCCCCGACUUGACUGGGGAGAUCGAAGAAUACCGUGAUAACGUUCCCAUGAUGAACGCAUUAUAUCGUGACUAUUCCUUCCUCGCCUCAGCAUAUCUCCUAGAGCCUUGCCAUAUGAGAUUCAUGAAAGGUGAGCCGUAUGGGCUAGCUCGAUCGUUUCUGCCAGCUCAGCUGUCACGCCCCAUCGCACGGUGCGCAGAGCUCACUGGCUUCAAGCCGUUCAUGGAGUACGCUGGCUCUUAUGCGCUCUUCAAUUAUCGUCUUCAAGAUCCCAAUAGGGGUCUUGAGUAUGACAACUUGCGUCUAAUCCGCGCGUUUGAGCAUGGGCUCGACCCAUCUUCGUCGGAAGCAGGAUUUGUUCUGGUGCACGUCGACAUGGUGAAGAAUUCCGGCCCCAUUAUAGCCGGAGCCAUGUCAGCCCUCUCCGCUCUCGCUAAUCAAAACGGCGCGGACCGCACAGUACAGCGGAAGACAUUCAACGACGGCCUCCGCACCAUCUUGGGUGGUAUGAAGAAGGUCAAUACUGUGAUGGAAACAAUGUGGGGUAAGUCGAAGCCUCGCUCAUACACGAGUUUCCGAACCUUCAUCUUCGGCAUCACCUCGCAGUCUAUGUUCCCUGAAGGGGUAGUCUACGAGGGCAUCAAUGAUGGCAAGCCUAUGAGCUUUCGUGGAGAAAGCGGUGCGAACGACUCCAUGAUACCGCUCAUGGAUAAUUUCUUGCAGAUUCAAAUGCCAAGCACUCCCCUCACGGAAAUCUUGCAGGAUUUCAGAGAGUACCGGCCAAGCAACCACCGGCAGUUCCUAGUUGAUGUGAAACACAGCUCGGAAGAAUUAGGCGUGAAAGACUUCGGGCUUGGAACUAACCCCCACCAUGUCGCUACAACAGAGCAGAAGGAGCUAUUGCUCGAAUCGCGGCGCCUAUGGAUCAAGCUUCUGGACCAGGUCCGUGACUUUCGAUGGAGGCACUGGUGCUUUGCACGCGAGUAUAUUCUCAAACAGACAUCACACCCCACUGCCACAGGCGGUAGUCCGAUAGUUACAUGGCUUCCCAAUCAGUUACAGGCAGUUAUGGAGGAGAUGGUGGAGAUUUACAGUAGCGUCGAGGGCCAAAGUGGCCCCACGAAUCUAGGAGAGGAGUGCCGAGAUAUCAUGGAUCUUGUCAGCCGACAACAAGAUAUGCUGCGUAAAGAAGUAGACAAGUACUGUCAAGAACGUGGCGUAAGCAUUCAUAACUAAGAUGCAAGUGGAUAUAGGGAUAUGUCAUUUCAUUAGGCUCUCAGGGAACUGACGAAGUCUAUAUUGCAAUCAAAAUAAUGACACGUUGCCAUCGCCCAUGUGUUACGUGACCUUAAUAUAUUUUGAAGAUUAAGCUAAACUA